AGUGUGAAACGAGAUCUUGUCCUCACUCCGAAGUGCAUAUACCUGAUUGGGCGUGAAAAGAUCAAACAGGGUCCAGAGAAAGGCCAAGUGAAGGAAGUCUUAAAGCGAAGGAUGGAAGUGGAGAGAAUUCUUUCUGUUUCUCUAAGCACAAUGCAGGAUGACAUUUUCAUUCUACAUGAACAGGAAUAUGAUAGUUUGCUUGAAUCGGUCUUCAAAACUGAGUUUUUAAGCCUCUUAUCAAAAAGAUAUGAAGAGAAAACACAAAGAAAACUACCUCUGAAAUUUAGCAAUACACUUGAGGUGAAGCUGAAAAAGGAGAGUUGGGGGCCCUGGAGCAGUGGUGGAUCUCGACAAGUGCAGUUUAUGCAAGGCCAAGGAGAUAUAGCCCUUCUCAAGCCAAGUAAUAAAGUGCUGCAAAUCAGCAUUGGACCAGGGCUACCAAAGAAUUCCCGUCCUACUAGACGGAACCUCACCCAAAGCAGAGGGUAUUCCAACAGGUCUCAAAGUCAGACUUAUCCUAUGAGAGCUGCACCACCUCCUCCUGGUCAGCAGCAAAAUGGAGUAAUAAAUCCCCCCCAGUUUGUACCAAUUCCCCAUGUGCCAGGAAAUCAACGGGCCAAUCAGAAAAACCUGUAUACAAAUACGACACGACCAACUUUACCACGGCAACUGUCAGGAGGAUCAGGCAAGAUUUCACAGCAACCAGAAAGCUUGGAUUUCCUGAAAGUACCUGACCAAGGAGCAGCCGGUGUAAAACUUUGGUCAGAAAUGGUGGCAAGUGAUCACCUCACCCACGGCUCCAGGCGGGUGUGCCCUCAGAAGGGCCGCGGCUGCUCCAGGGACCGGGGCGUCCGGACGCCGCGUACCGGCGUUCGCAGUCCUGACCGUUACCGAG